AUGGCUUCAAGGUCGCUUUUUCCUCAUCUUUUUGGCAAUCUCCUUUUGCCUUUGUGGCUGGAGACCACGGUUCUGUGCCUCGUGAGCUCGCCUCCGCAGCACCGGAUCCCUCGGCCCCGCAGAGGCAGGGGCAGAGGCAGUUGUGCUUUCAAGCUAUCCCGUCCAGACAAACAGUCGGAGUUUAUUCUGAAGCGUCCUGAACUCUGGCGGACUGCACACCGGGCACGGGAGAGAGAGAAGUCAGACCAAGCCACCCUGGUAGAGCAAGUGAAACGAGUAAAAGAAAUUGAAGCUAUUGAAAGUGACUCCUUUGUUCCACAGACAUUCAGAUCAAGUAAAGAAGUCAAAAAGUCAACAGAGCCUACAGAACUACAGUACGAACCUGUAACUAUAGGAGUGGGAACUGUUGAUGCAUCUGCUCCUGAAAAAGAACCACCGCCUGCCAAUAUUCCUACUGCCAUCAAAUAUCAAGAUGAUAAUUCUUUAGCACAUCCAAAUCUCUUUAUCGAGAAGGCAGAAGCAGACGAGAAGUGGUUUCAGAGGCUGAUUGCUCUUCGGCAAGAAAGGCUGAUGGGCAGUCCGGUGGCCUGAGCAAACUGCUGUGACCGUCACAUACCAGUUCUCCACGAAUGCUAAGGAAUCCUACCAUUAAAUUGUUUUAUUUUUCUCUUUUGAGGGGAUUUUAAUACUCAAUAUGAGUUGUACAGAGAAUAAAUAUUUCAUCUGAGUA